GGCUGAGAGCCCAGCGUUCGGGCGAGGGUCGACGUUUCUGAGGUCAAGCGGCGGCCGCCCCCGGGAAGCGAGUGAAUCGCGAGCAGAGUCCCCAGUCAGAGCCACUGUAGUAAACACAUUUCAGAAACGUGAGGUGCCGGGGGUCACGUGGGGAGCGCGCCCUCCAAUGAGGAGCCGGGGGCGGGGCCGGGACCGCUGACGCGGCGGUGGCGGCGGAGUCACCCGGGCAGCCUCGGGACCGGUCACCGGCCGGCAACCGUCCAGCGGCCUCGACCCCCGCCUUCGCGCUCCGUGCUUCCUCCUCUUUGCGGGGCCGAGAGGCAGCGGGGCCACAGCUGCUCGACCCUCUCUCGUCCCUCUCGGUGGCUCGCCUCGGGCGGGCCGUUCUCUCCUCCAGGGCCGCUUCGGUGGGACGAGGCUUCCGUGACGAACCUCCAGGGGCUGCCGGUGCCGGCUCAGGCCGUCGUGGCGGCUCGGGUCCCUGGAACUUGCUCAGCCCCCGGGGGUCCGAGGCCCUCGAAGUUAUGCGUCGGGUCCGGGCGGCUGCGGCGGGCGCCGGCUCCUAAAGGGCGUCACACCCGGACUCCGUCGACUGGGCAGCCUCCAUUCAUCUCCCAGCUGCGCCUCCAGCGCCCUCUCCCUCUCGGGUCCCCUCGUCGGACUCAUUUUUUCCUUGCCCGGCUCUGCCGCCCUUCCCUCGCUCCCCGGCUGCGGCGAUUCUCCUGGAAGCGGAGGUGUCGGUUAUGAGCCGGAGCCUCCUCCCUUGAAUCUCUGCUGGAGGAACUCGGCGGGGCCCCGCGCCCGCCGCGCCCCCGGGAUGGGGGUGAACGCCGUGCACUGGUUCCGAAAGGGGCUCCGGCUCCACGACAACCCCGCCCUGAAGGAGUGCAUUCAGGGCGCCGACACCAUCCGCUGCGUCUACAUCCUCGACCCCUGGUUCGCGGGCUCCUCCAACGUGGGCAUCAACAGGUGGCGAUUUUUGCUUCAAUGUCUCGAAGACCUUGAUGCCAAUCUGCGAAAAUUAAACUCUCGUCUGUUUGUGAUUCGUGGACAGCCAGCAGAUGUGUUUCCCAGGCUUUUCAAGGAAUGGAACAUUACUAAACUUUCAAUUGAGUAUGAUUCUGAGCCCUUUGGAAAGGAACGAGAUGCGGCUAUUAAGAAACUGGCUACUGAAGCUGGAGUAGAAGUCAUUGUACGAAUUUCACAUACAUUAUAUGACCUAGACAAGAUCAUAGAACUCAAUGGUGGACAGCCACCUCUUACUUAUAAAAGAUUCCAGACUCUCAUCAGCAAAAUGGAACCACUGGAGAUACCAGUAGAGACAAUUACUUCCGAAGUGCUAGAAAAGUGUACAACUCCUCUGUCUGAUGACCAUGAUGAGAAAUAUGGAGUCCCUUCACUGGAAGAACUAGGUUUUGAUACAGAUGGCUUACCCUCUGCAGUGUGGCCGGGUGGAGAGACUGAAGCACUUACACGUUUGGAAAGGCAUUUGGAAAGAAAAGCUUGGGUGGCAAACUUCGAAAGGCCUCGAAUGAAUGCGAAUUCCCUGCUUGCCAGCCCUGCCGGACUCAGCCCGUAUCUCCGCUUUGGGUGUUUGUCAUGUCGACUGUUCUACUUCAGACUAACAGACCUCUACAGAAAGGUAAAGAAGAACAGUUCCCCUCCCCUUUCCCUCUAUGGGCAACUGUUAUGGCGUGAAUUUUUCUACACGGCAGCAACAAACAAUCCACGCUUUGAUAAAAUGGAAGGAAACCCCAUCUGCGUUCAGAUUCCUUGGGAUAAGAAUCCUGAGGCAUUAGCGAAAUGGGCGGAAGGCCGGACAGGCUUUCCGUGGAUUGACGCCAUCAUGACACAGCUUCGGCAGGAGGGCUGGAUUCACCAUCUAGCCAGACAUGCAGUUGCUUGCUUCCUGACACGGGGUGACCUGUGGAUUAGUUGGGAGGAAGGAAUGAAGGUAUUUGAAGAAUUAUUGCUUGAUGCGGAUUGGAGCAUAAAUGCUGGAAGUUGGAUGUGGCUGUCUUGUAGUUCCUUUUUCCAACAGUUUUUUCACUGCUAUUGCCCUGUUGGUUUUGGUAGGAGAACAGAUCCAAAUGGAGACUAUAUCAGGCGUUAUUUGCCUGUCCUAAGAGGCUUUCCUGCAAAAUAUAUCUAUGAUCCCUGGAAUGCACCAGAAGGUAUCCAAAAGGUAGCCAAAUGUUUGAUAGGAGUUAACUAUCCUAAACCAAUGGUGAACCAUGCUGAGGCAAGCCGUUUGAAUAUCGAGAGGAUGAAACAGAUCUAUCAGCAGCUUUCACGAUAUAGAGGAUUAGGUCUUCUUGCAUCAGUGCCUUCUAAUCCUAACGGGAAUGGAGGCCUCAUGGGGUAUUCUCCUGGAGAAAAUAUCCCAGGUUGUAGCAGCAGUGGAAGUUGCUCUCAAGGGAGUGGGAUUUUACAUUAUGCUCAUGGGGACAGUCAGCAAACUCACCUGUUAAAGCAAGGAAGAAGCUCCCUGGGCCCUGGUCUCAGCAGUGGGAAACGCCCCGGUCCAGAAGACGACACGCAGGGUAUCGGCCCUAAAGUCCAGCGACAGAGCACUACUUAGAAAACAUUCAGGAGGAAUACUGUUGCAGCUGAAAUUGGGGGAAUUCAAUACUUUUUCAGUUAAAUUAUUUUAAAAUAUUCUUCAUUGAUGGAAAGCAGUUACAUUUUGAAAUGCAUUGUUUCUAUUGACAUUUGUGUGGUUUUUAACUUUUUAAUGAAUUUCACGUAGGACAGAUGGUUAUUUAUAUAUAAAGAACUUGGUAAAAGAAUUUGCUUAAUGUAAAUAUAGGCAAUCACAAUUAGUAUAGAUCCAUCAAUAUAUUUUUGAUAAUUUUUCAUGUAUGGUGAAAGUUAAAGUGGCAAGCUGAUAUACUAAUAUAAAAAUCAAAGUUUUGAGAGUCAGUGUGGGAAAAUAGGAGGUUUUUAGACUUUCUUAAAAGACUUUGUUAAAAUUUUAGGACAGAAUUUUCUUGACAUCAUUGUUGUAUUUCACUUUUCACUCUUUGAUAAUAAUGUUUUAGAAAAUAUGCGUAAUCAAAAUUGGUAGUUAUAGCCUCUGUUAACACAGAAAAUAUGUUAUUAAAGCUUCAUGUCUGCCUGUUUUUGACCCAAACUUGUGGAAGUAUCGUGUGUCAAGUUCUCUGUCUCCUUUUCCUUGUUCAUUUCCAGCUACAGUGACCUUGUUAUUAAAGUAUACGCAUAUAUGGAACCUUGUGUACUUGGUGGUUGGUUUUUUUCUUCUUCUUUUUAAAAUUUGUUUGUUUUAGGUACGGGGAGAGCAUCGCUAUGUGAGAUGUGAUUAUAAGUUAGUAACCGAGUCUGUAAACCACAUGUCACCAUUCUGAAUGAAGGAGAAGCUACCAUAUAUUUAGUAAAAUAAUAUUUUUCAAAAUUAUUCCAAAUAAGAAUACUGUUUUCUAAAUGCUUUUUAUACUUUUAAAUAUAAAGUUAUCUAUAAGAAAGAUUUAAAACAAAGUUUUUUUUUCCAAGUAAUUGGGCUUGUAACUAUGAGUUAGUCAGCAUGGGAUAACAGGUAAGAGUCUGGGCUCUGGAGUCAAAUGCCUGGCUCUUCCACUCAUUAGCUUUGAGAUCUUAGGCAGGUUAUUAACCUUUUGUGCUUUUUUCCCCCCAUCUUUAAAAUGGGGGUGAGAGUAGUAUGUGUUUCAUACUACAUAUGAAAUGCUCAUAACAGUUCCUGGCGUGUGGUAGGAUACUUGUUCAGUGUUGGCUGCAGGGCUGCCACGCUGUGCAGCACCCUGGGUUGUGUAGUGCACAGUCUGCAGAGCUGUGCGCUGCACCUCUGGCUAGCUGCCAUAAUUGUUAUUACUAUUAUUGUUGUUAUCCCUUUCUGUCCUCUAGUAAGCUAGUUCUUGCCACUUGGAAUUAUAGUCAGUGGCUUUUUGUUUUCCCUUCUUUCGUAGUGAUAGAUGUUUAGUGUGAUAAUUAUAUUUAAAGGUAACUCAAGAUAAAUUUGAGUCAAAAAUUCAGAAACGUGUUUUUAGAUAAUAUGCAUUUUAUAAAGUAUCUUGGAUAAUGAGUU